AUGGUUGGCAGGUACAAUCGUUUGCUGAUUUUUGAAUUUUCAGCUUCUGGCCGAUCUUCUGAAUUGGUUCCAUCGAGCAAUCCAAGAGGCAUUUUUCACUACAGUGAUACGGACAACACAUUCCAAUCCAACUUCAAGAUUCCUGACUUUGAAACGCUCGACCCUAUGCAGUUGGCAAGCGAAUUGAUGAGCGCAGCAGCAAAAGCGGAAAAUAAGCGGAAAACCAUUUCGGGAAUCAACUUACCGUUACCAUUUGCUGGAAAACCACUGAAUUUUCAGAUGACAGGAGAAUCCCAAAGUGGUUUGUCCUUUACUGAACCAGGAGCCAGAAAUGAUGAUCACUCGAGCAAUUUGAGCCCUGAAGCAAAGGAGGCUUUCCAAAAUGCAAAACGGAUCUGCCUCGAAUCGUCCUCAGCUUCUUGUGAUGAGGCUCUGGACACCUUUCACAGACUCAAGUAUGGCGAAUCGCUUCUCAGGGUCAACCCCGAACCUUACAUUGCUGAUGACGAUCCAACGACUUCGUUUGCAAAAAUGCUCGUGCCAGCUCUCGGAGAGAAAUUGGAGGAGCUACAGAAUGUAAGCUACAGUACCCUUAAUAGUGGAUCACCAAUGAGAAAAAUUCAGGCAUUUCUCAGGCGGAUAUCGUAA